UGGCGCUGCCUCUCCCGUCAAAACUGACACUGUUGACAUUCCGUCACCUGUCAUUCCACUAUUAUGAUUAUCGAUUCCAAGACGCCCCAUUGACGCCACCAGCCCCAAACCCACCGAAAUGACCAUGGAACAGGCGAUGGAGGACCUCACCGAGAAGAUGAAAAAGACCGACCAGAAGCUCGACGAUCUCGCCCUCCAGGUCGGCAGCAUCGAGAACGAGUACUUCAGCGAGAACUGCGCCGAGAUCGAGGUGAACGACCUCCUCAGGUCCGUCAACGAGGUGAAGACCAACUACCAGAACCUGCGCAAGGAGAUCGUCGAGGUCCAGGACCUGCAGAAGCAGCUCAGCACCACCCUCCAGCUCCAGCUGAAGAUGAUGCAGGCCAAGUUCAACACGCUUAAGGAGAAAGUCGGCGCCGCCAGCAAGCUGGAAAAUCCCACACAAAACUGAGUAUUUUUCGUUGAGCCAAGCUUUAGGAAUAAGACGAGACAACAUGGCAAUCAAACCUGCGCUAAAGCCAGGCGUUUAUUUAUUUCGAUGCCAUUUAGAGCCAUUGUAGCCGAAUUUCGUUAAGUUGUUAAUUAAGACUUUGUGAGCAUGGGAUCGGGCUUGCAUGCACCACACUGACCCAAAUUCUAAGUUCAUUUGUGAUACAAUUGAAUAGAAUAGUGCACGACGUAAUCUCUGGUUUUUCGCUGGGGGCUCUUCCGGACACGGUUUAGUUUUUUUUGUGUUUAAGUUGGUAACGCUGCCGCCUGAAUUGUUGCAGUGUAAAUCAGGUUUACGUUUUAGUAAAUUAGUCCAGUGGCGUUCCGUCAUUGGUGGUAGCAAACUAGGCGCAAGUACGACUCACACCGUACGAAAUUCUAAAGUCGGAAUUGUACACUCGUGUGCGAUAAAACCCGGAAGGGCUUCCGGCCACUCUUGCAUGCAUAUCCUUACCUGUUGUACAUAAUCAAUGUGGUAACCCAUAUAUCAACUAUAUACAGUGCAUGUUAGUGAAGUCAAUUGAUGUACAAGACUAUUAUCCGGGCAGUCGCCUCGACACUUAGCCUAGUGUAAGUCUCUGUAAAACCAAUUAAUUAAAAUUCGUAAUCGCGAUACGACCGGUCCGAUUUACGCGCCAAGGUAGGUAAGUAAAGUGUACGUUUGCAUGGCUGUGAAACCCAAGUCCGUAGCUUACGGUUACGAAUUUUAAUCGUGUACCUGAGCAGAUUUUGUGACGAAAAUUAAUAAUAAUAAUGCCUUACAUAUUGUACUUUUUUUUCUCUUUGUCUCCACCUCUCGACACGAUUAUUGUGGAAGUUUCGGCAAAACUUUGCUCAAAUCUAUCUUCUAAGCACAACUUUUUAAAAACUAGUACUUUUCGAACAGUGGCGCUGGUUGGUGCUCGGAAAGUGUUGUUUUUUGGAGCACAAUAAUUAUUAUAAGGCACGUUUGAUAGAAUUUUUUGUAAGCAAUCAAACUGUGUUGGAUAUUUAUAUGACUGUUCGUUCAAUAAACGAUGCAAACCA